GUUAACUGUCAUGUACCAUUCGGCUUGGAUGUUGUUCUAACCUCACUUUCACAGCUAACAUUCUCGUCAUUUUCGAUUUUUUUAAUUUCUGUUACCAAAAUUACAAAUAAUUAAAUGUCCGAAACUCAAUCAUCAUUAUUGUUAAAAAAACAGCUAGCUGAGCUGAACAAAAAUCCUGUUGAGGGAUUUUCAGCCGGUUUAAUCGAUGAAAGUGACAUCCACAGAUGGGAGGUGUUAAUCAUUGGGCCUCCAGACACAUUGUAUGAGGGUGGUUUUUUCAAGGCACAUUUAUUUUUCCCGAAAGAAUAUCCACUCCGACCACCACGUAUGAAAUUCGUCACCGAAAUAUGGCAUCCAAAUAUAGAAAAAAAUGGGGAUGUUUGCAUUAGUAUUCUACAUGAACCCGGCGAUGAUAAAUAUGGUUAUGAAAAGGCAUCGGAACGUUGGUUACCCGUUCAUACAGUGGAGACGAUAUUAAUUUCAGUUAUAUCAAUGUUAGCCGAUCCGAAUGAUGAGUCGCCAGCCAACGUCGAUGCCGCUAAAGAAUGGCGGGAAGCGUAUCCAGAUUUUAAACGAAAAGUAGCGCGUUGUGUUCGAAAGAGCCAAGAGGAGUGCUCGUAAAUGUUUCUUUUUUCUAUUUUUAACUUAAAUUGAUCAUGAUAAUAUGGCGACACUAAUCAUUGCGGGCGACCGUAUAUGUCUGGUACAGUCUAAUAAAACUGAAAAUUAAUAACAAUUUAUUUAA